GCACUGAUAGUUUGAGACAAGUGGGGCGACUCUGCUGCUGGACAGUCUGUCUCCACUCUCCACUGCCCACUAACUACACUUCUCCUCUCUUUUUAUUUUUACAUUAUUACAACAAACCUCUCAGUCAGCCCAUAUUCAUCCAGAUGACCGUGACUCAAGACCGGCCGAUGACCUAUGCGAAAAUGAGAGGGCUUGUGUCAUUUUUCUCAGCUCUGCUUAAGGGGAAGAAAGUUGGCUUCAGUGACUUCUUACACAAAUUUGUUUCCAAUCAACAACUCUGCCAACACCUAGACCCACAGAAAAUCUUGCAGCGACACAGCAGGAUGAGAAGAGAGAAAGAGGAGAAAGGCACAGCUAGCUCACUGAACACAGAAACCUCACAGAUGAAACCAUCAGAUUUUGACUACCUCAAAGUUAUCGGCAAAGGGAGUUUUGGAAAGGUGCUGCUGGCAAGACGUAGAAAACACGGAGGCUACUAUGCUGUGAAAGUGCUACAAAAACAGAUGAUUGUCAAGAGGAAAGAGCAGGGGCAUGUGAUGGUUGAGAGGAGCGUAUUGCUCAAGGGACUACAACAUCCAUUCCUGGUGGGGCUCCACUUCUCUUUCCAGACACCUAACACGCUCUACUUUGUCCUGGACUACGUUAAUGGAGGGGAGCUUUUCUUCCACCUUCAGAGGGAGGGGUCAUUUCCUGAACCCAGGGCUGCCUUCUACGCUGCAGAGAUGGCCCUGGCGCUGGGCUACCUCCACUCUCUUGACAUUGUAUACAGAGACGUCAAACCAGAGAACAUCCUGCUCGACAGUGAGGGUCACGUAAUGCUGACUGACUUUGGGCUAUGUAAAGAAGGCGUGGCCAUCGGUGAGAUUAUGCAUACCUUCUGUGGGACUCCUGAGUACCUCGCUCCAGAGGUGCUACAAGGCCACCCAUACAGUCCAGCAGUGGACUGGUGGGGUCUUGGCACUGUGCUCUUUGAGAUGCUCUAUGGACUGCCUCCAUUUUAUAGCCGUAGCAAAGCAGAGAUGUUUGAGAACAUACUUUACGCUCCUCUGCAGCUGCCUAGUGGAGCAUCUCAGGCUGCCUGCUCCCUGCUAGAGGGAUUGCUGGAAAGAGAUUUCUUCAAACGCAUAGGGGCGAGCCGUGACCUUGUGGAGCUGCAGGAACAUCCCUUCUUUGCAUCCAUUAACUGGGACGACCUUCUGGCCAAGAAAGUCAGACCCCCGUUCAUCCCAAAAGUGACUGGUCCCUGUGACAUCAGCUACAUCGACCCAGAGUUCACGCUACAGCCUGUCCCCGCCUCCGUGAAUGACAGGUGCCAGGCAGGCGCGACCAGCGAGGCCUUCCCAGGAUUCUCCUUCAUGAACCCAGUGGAGUACGUGGCAGCCGAGCUGGUUUCAUAACAACGCCAAACCCUCUGGGAGCAUGUUUGUUCAAAUAUUUAUUUUUUAUGUCAUAAAUUAUUAAAUCAAAGUUUAUUUUUAAGCAAAAUGUUCGUACACUAACACUGCAAUGUACUGUAUGUUUCAUUGGUUACACUUUACUAAUCGAUAGUGUAUUUUUACGUUAUUACUGUUAUUUUAAGUAUCAGUUCAUGAUGUGAAAUAGGCUGGUCACUAUUUCACAAGUCUAAGCUACCUUAAUGUGUAAGAAGAUGAAACAAUAAACACUCAGUCUAAAGCACUUUUAUUUUGAAA